AAACUCUAGGCACAUACCCAUUUCAAUACAUUGUUUCGAUCUAGUUAAGCUUGUUUUCAGUUUCAUUAAUUGCACCAAUCCUAGUCAAGUCCAUCAUGUCUCUGUCCACCCUUGUCGUAAGAAAACCACUGAAACGAACUGAUAGGCUCAAAAGGUUUGCCAUCCCAACAAAGGCAUUACCCUUGUUCCCACAAUUCAAUGGUCAUCAUUUGGUGCCUGUGAACUUUUGGCAUGGCUCAAAACCUUGGCGUAUGGUCAUAUCCAUUCGCACGUACGGCUACAAAAAACCUGUAAUCUCUAAGGGUUGGAUACCCUUUGUCGGCGAAAAUCAGUUGGAGGUUGGUGAUGUAGUCACAAUCUUCAGGGACGAAGAUGAAGCCGGAUUCUGGUAUCGGAUUGAGGUCGAGAGAGGAAGCAAGCAACUUCCUGCUCUGUAUCGUGACCUUGAAGAGCCGGAGGUGCCAAUAUUUCACAGCAGUAAUAAUGUCAAUGUGGGAGUUGCUGGCAACGUCUUAAUGGCACCCAGGCCAACUCCAGUUGCUGUGCCAACCGCCCACAAUAGUAAUUUCAAUAUCGAGGUCGUUGCAAACAUCCCUGCCAUCAAACAAGGGAUGCAACUGGGCCCUGGAAAUGUUCCGCCAAUUUCACAGAGGGCUGAAGAGCUCAGUUUGAAGCCAGAUGACAUGAAUUUGGGGUUGAUACCGCACAAGGGACCGCGAGCACCCAUGUUUGCUGGUACACUUCCCUGUCCAGUAGAGGUGGAACUCAAGCGCACUGCGGGCGUGCUGCAACAAAUUGCCCAUCAAACCCACCAUGAUGAUACUAAAACAACCAAUUUGGACCCAGUUCUUAAUCAAACCAGUGCAGACGAACUUCCUCUGAACCUAAACCUGACUCUGCCACCAGCUGUGGUGGCUUGUGAAGGAAAUCAGACGCCUACAAUGGGGUUGUUUGGAACUGAGGCAGAAAACUUCAAUCCAAGGGUUGUUUUGAAUUUAGAUCUUACUCUCGCACCACCCAAAGUAAAUUAGGUACCUUUAUUUGCCCUGCUUUCUUUGUUUGCCCUGCUUUCUUUGUUUGCCCACACUUCCCAGACAUCAUUCGCUAGAUUUUUGAAUAUUCCCCCUUUCUUUUUCUUGAAUAUCCCCGAAGUGUAGUGCGGAGUAAGUUAGUUC